AUGAAGGGGUUUUGGAAGUUCAGUCUUUCUGCGAGUGCAUCCCUCGCCGGGGCGAUCCCAACCGUUUCGCUCACAGCAGGAGCAGCCACCACGGUCGUCCCCACGGUGGACUCAGCCCCAUCCCUCUUUUACCAUGAGAGGGUUCAAUUGACCGAGGGCGUACUUGCAGAUGUUUCAAGUGCUUUGCAAAACGGCGACAUCGCCAAGAUGUUCGCCUUCGCCGGCAACUCCACAUCCAACUCCACGGUUGCCAAGAGGGGCGUGCAUCAUCGGUGCAAGGCCAUGCCUGGAGACCUUUUCUGGCCUUUGGAUUUGGUCUGGGAUCUUUUUGACUUGUUGUUGGGUGGUCGUCUGAUUAAGACAGUGCCGCUGGCAGCUUACUGCUACCCAGACUGGCCAGAAUACGAUGCCACCAAGUGUGCAAGCAUUACCACGGAUUGGAUGUCUUCGCAGCUGCAUAUGGCCGAUCCUGCCUCAAUUAUGCUUCCUUUAUAUGAAGGCCGCACGUGCUUGCCCUCGCCGUAUAACUAUACCUCAACAUGCAAGCAGGGCGCGUACCCGACGUAUGCAGUCAAUGUGACCAACGUGGCACAAAUCCAGCUAGCGGUUAACUUCGCUCGCAAUCUGAAUCUUCGGCUGGUGGUCAAGAACACCGGUCAUGACUUCAAUGGUAAGGCCUCCGGCAAGGGGGCGCUUUCUAUCUGGACGCAUUAUCUCAAGGAGAAGGAGUUCCUCCCAACUUUCAAGGCUGCAAAUGGCUAUGUCGGUCCGGCCGUCAAGUUUGGCUCGGGUGUGCAGGUGUGGGAAGCUUAUGAGUUUGCAAAGUCCGUUGGUCACUCUGUUGUCGGUGGUGAGGCUGUGACUGUUGGCUUGGGUGGUGGCUACACUGCUGGUGGUGGUCACUCCCCUCUUUCCAGCUUGUACGGUCUGGCAUCUGAUCAGGUCCUCGCAAUGCAAGUCGUUUUGGCAGAUGGUCGUUUCAUCACCGCAAGCUCCACUCAGAAUGCAGAUGUUUUCUGGAUGUUGCGUGGUGGAGGUGGCAGCACCAUUGGAAUCGUCACUUCUCUGACCGUCAAAGCCCUACCUCAACUUGAGACUACCACUGUGACUUUCAACUUCACCGUGAAUGACACCCCGGGUCCAGACGCUUUCUGGGCAGCAGUCGGAUCUUAUCUCGAUAACUUUGAGACUCUUGUUGAUGCUGGUACCUACGGUUACUACUACAUUGGUGCUUCCUCGGCCGAGAUCGGAACGACAUAUCCCGGUGAUACUGACUACUACUUCCGCAUGGAAUCCUUCGUCGCUCCCAACAUGAGUCUUGACCAAACCAAGACUCUUCUUGCUCCCUGGUUUGACUCUCUUGACGCUUUGAAUGUUUCCUACACUCCCUGGUACAACCACGCGGACAACUUCCACGAUGCCUGGGUUGUCUCAUUCCCCGAAGAGUAUGUUGGAACUGAUGUGGUCAAGACUGCAUCUCGUCUUCUUCCUCGCAGUGUAUUCCAAAGCGACAAUCUCCGCAACCAAACAUGGGCGGCCUACAAGGACGCUGUUGACCAGGGUCUUUUCCUCGCCGGCUUCCACAUCAGCGGUACUGGUAUCGCCGUCGACCCCCCAACAGAUUCCUCAGUGCUGCCUGCUUGGCGCGAUGCCCUCACACAUGUUAUUGUUGGCUCACAGUGGAACUUUACCACUUCUUGGGAUGUUAUUGAAGAGUCUUCGCUCUUUGUGACCAAGUGGAUGGACGUGUUGCGUGAUAUCGCCCCAGACUCAGGUGCCUACAUGAGCGAGGGUGAUCUCCUCGAGCCCAAUCAGCAAGAGGCAUUCUACGGCGUCAAUUACCCACGUCUAUAUGCUCUCAAGCAGAAGUAUGAUCCCACAGGACUCUUCUUUGCUUUGACAGCUGUCGGUGCGGAAGACUGGGAGGUCCAGACUGUUGACCCGCUUCCUUAUUCGUGGAACAACAAUGGCAGACUUUGUCCGAAGUCUGUUUAA